AGGAAGCGCCGGCCGGCCGCGCGAGGCCCCAGCGCCGCGGUCAUGGCUGCGGGAGGCGCCUGCGCGGGGUCCGCGCCCCCCGCGCCCCCCGCGCCCUCGCUGCCCCUGGCGGCUCUCAACGUGCGGGUGCGGCGCCGCCUGUCGCUGUUCCUGAACGUGCGCACGCAGGUGGCGGCCGACUGGCGGGCGCUGGCCGAGGAGAUGGGCUUCGAGUACUUGGAGAUCCGGCAGCUGGAGGCGCACGCCGACCCCACGGGCAGGCUCCUGGACGCCUGGCAGGGGCGCCCCGGGGCCUCGGUGGGCCGCCUGCUGGAGCUGCUCGCCGGGCUGGGCCGCGACGACGUGCUGGUGGAACUGGGGCCCAGCAUCGAGGAGGAUUGCCAGAAGUAUGUUCUGAAGCAGCAGCAGGAGGAGUCUGAGAAGCCCCUACAGGUGCCUGCCGUCGACAGCAGUGACCCACGGACGUCCGAGCUGGCGGGCAUCACCACGCUUGAUGACCCCUUGGGGCAAAUGCCUGAGCGUUUUGAUGCCUUCAUCUGCUACUGCCCCAGCGAUAUCCAGUUUGUUCAGGAAAUGAUCCGGCAGCUGGAACAGACAGACUAUCGGCUGAAGUUGUGCGUGUCUGACCGCGAUGUCCUCCCUGGCACCUGUGUUUGGUCCAUCGCCAGCGAGCUCAUUGAGAAGAGGUGCCGCCGGAUGGUGGUGGUGGUCUCUGAUGAUUACCUGCAGAGCAAGGAAUGUGACUUCCAGACGAAGUUUGCGCUCAGCCUCUCUCCUGGUGCCCAUCAGAAGCGACUGAUCCCCAUCAAGUACAAGGCGAUGAAGAAGGAGUUCCCCAGCAUCCUGAGGUUCAUCACCGUCUGCGACUACACCAACCCUUGCACCAAGUCCUGGUUCUGGACGCGCCUGGCCAAGGCCCUGGCCCUGCCCUGAGGAUCGCCCGGGGCCCCGGGGUGGGGGGGGCGGGGGGCGGCUGCCUGUCGCCUGCACCUGGGCUCCGCCCCUGCUUCACCUGCUGUAGGGGAAUCUGUGCGCCACUCGCCUCUCAGUCCCUGGAGACGCCCACUCCACACACAUGGCGCAUCUGGGCAUCGCACCUCCCGCCCCGCACGGACCAGGAGCGUGUCACCUGCUGGCUCACCGGCCGCGACAGUGGGACCCAGAGCCAGCCAGGACUAAGAAGGGCACCGGCAGAGCCACCUCUGACCCGACACCUCAGGCCUCGGUUUCCCCACCCGAGAACCAGGGAGGGUGGGCCCACGUGUGUUCCUUUUCUCUUCUUUUCCCUCUUCAUCAAAACCAAACUCUGGACAGAACCCGAUAUGCCAGCCUUCGUGCCUUCAGCGCGGCCCAAACGAGAGCGAGCGAGCUGCCUGAACUGGCCUCGCCAGUAAGCGGCAGACCCAGCUGUUCUUCCCGCCCCCGGGCUUUUGUAGGCUAGUCGCCUUCCAGCUCUUCUCGGGGGGACAAAACGUCACGGUCCCAGGGCAGACCGCAGGACCCUAAAUCGAAUAGAAAACGUGUCUUUUCUGCUCCAUAUGCAGCCAGGCUGGAGCAAGGUGCCUUUCCUCAGGGUCCUGGGGGUGGGUGGGGGACCAGAGGCCCCUCCCUGCAUGAUCCUCAUGCACUUAUCCCCACUUUGACAUUGGGGAAUAUUUUUUAAACAAUUUUUGAGAGUGUCUUUCCUACCUGUUUUAUAGGCAUUGUGAGAGUUUGGGAGAACAGAGUCAUGCCUGUGUUUCUUCUCCUCUGUAUCCCGGGUGUGUAAUAAAGGCUUCUCUACUUUUGGA